AUGCCUGAUGUUUCUGUUUUACAAACCUACAUUGGUUCGAUAGUUGCAUCUGUGAACCCCUACAAGAGCAUCCCGGGGCUGUACGACCGUGCCGCCGUGGAGCGGUACAGCAAGCACCACAUGGGAGAGAUCGCGCCUCACAUCUUCGCCGUGGCCAACGAGUGCUACCGCUGCCUCUGGAAGCGCCACGACAACCAGUGCAUCCUCAUCAGUGGCGAAAGUGGUGCUGGGAAGACGGAGAGCACUAAGCUGAUUCUCAAGUUCUUGUCUGCAAUGAGCCAGCAUUCACUGGAGCUGUCCUCCAGAGAGAAGACCUCUUGUGUGGAGCAAGCUAUUCUUGAGAGCAGUCCAAUUAUGGAAGCUUUUGGCAAUGCAAAGACUGUUUACAACAACAACUCAAGCCGCUUUGGGAAGUUUAUUCAGCUGAACAUCUGUCAGAAAGGGAACAUUCAGGGAGGAAGAAUUAUGGAUUAUUUAUUGGAAAAAAAUCGUGUAGUAAGACAAAACCCCGGGGAAAGAAAUUAUCAUAUAUUCUAUGCUCUGCUGGCAGGGAUAGAAGAGAGAGAGAAAGAUGCUUUUUACUUAUCUGUACCUGAGAACUACCACUACCUGAACCAGUCUGGAUGUAUAGCGGAUAAGACAAUCAGUGACAAGGAUUCUUUCCAGGAAGUCAUUACUGCAAUGGAAGUGAUGGAGUUCAGCAGGGAGGAAGUACGAGAAGUUCUGAGGCUGUUGGCUGGCAUUUUGCAUCUGGGAAAUGUUGAGUUCAUCACUGCUGGAGGGGCACAAGUGUCCUUUAAAACAGCUUCUCCUAUUUCUACAACUAAAAUAAUUUCAAUAAAAAGGCCUGCUUUAUUUUCCUUUAGGGAAGGACUAAUUUGGGAAGAUAUUGACUGGACAGACAAUGGAGAGUGCUUGGAUCUUAUUGAAAAGAAACUGGGACUACUGGCACUCAUCAAUGAGGAGAGCCAUUUUCCUCAAGCUACUGACUCCACCUUACUGGAGAAGUUGAAUGCCCAGCAUGCUAACAAUCCUUUUUAUGUAAAACCAAGAGUUGCCGUUCACAACUUUGGAGUGAAGCACUACGCUGGGGAGGUCCAGUAUGAUGUCAGGGGGAUCUUGGAGAAGAACAGAGAUACUUUCAGAGAUGAUCUCCUGAACUUGUUGCGUGAAAGCAGUCUUGAUUUCAUCUAUGAUCUGUUUGAACACGUUUCAAGUCGCAACAAUCAGGACACUCUUAAAUGUGGAAGCAAGCAUCGAAAGCCUACUGUCAGUCUGCAGUUCAAGGAAUCACUUCAUUCUUUAAUGGCGACACUGAGUUCUUCAAACCCUUUCUUUGUUCGGUGCAUCAAACCCAACGUGCAGAAGAUGCCAGACCAGUUUGAUCAGACAGUGGUGCUUAACCAGCUGCGCUAUUCUGGGAUGUUGGAGACGGUCAGGAUUCGGAGGGCUGGUUUCCCAGUCCGGAGGCCCUUUCAAGACUUUUAUAAAAGGUAUAAAGUCCUCAUGAGAAACUUAACCCUCCCUGAAGAUUUAAAUGAGAAAUGUGCCGUCUUGCUUCGUCUGUAUGACAACACAAGCACUGAAUGGCAGCUUGGAAAAAAUAAGGUGUUCCUCCGGGAGUCCCUAGAACACAAGUUGGAGAAGCAGCGAGAAGCGGAAGUCACCAAGGCAGCCAUGAUCAUCCGAGCACACAUCUUAGGUUAUGCAGCCCGAAAGUGGUACAGAAAGGUUCUCUACUAUGUGGUUGUGAUACAGAAGAACUACAGAGCAUUCAGCGGUAGGAAGAAGUUCCUGUGCCUGAAGAAAGCAGCCACAGUCCUUCAGAAGCAGCGGCGAGGCCAGCUUGCUCGGCGUCUUUACAGGGAGCGACUGGAGGAGAAGCGGAGACAAGAGGAGGAAAGAAGAAGAGAGGAGGAAGAAAGGGAAAGACAAAGGCAAGAAGCAGAGCGUCUUGCCCAGCAGGCUGAAGAAGAGAGAAAGAAGCAGGAACAGGAAUUGGCUGCCAUUCAGAAAGCUCAGAAGGAGGCAGAACUGAAACAGGAGGUGGAGAAGCAGAAAGAAAGCAGGCAGGUGGAAGAAAUCCUACGUCUGGAAAAAGAAAUUGAAGACCUGCAGCGUGUGAAGAAGCAGCAGGAGCUGUCCUUGACUGAGGCUUCAUUACAGAGGCUGCAGCAGCGUCGAGAUGAGGAGCUCCGGCGGCUUGAGGACGAAGCAUGUCGGGCAGCCCAGGAGUUCCUGGAAUCUCUGAACUUUGAUGAGAUUGACGAAUGUGUCCGAAACAUUGAGAGGUCUCUCUCUGUGGGCAGUGGGUAUCCUGCUGAGCUGGCUGAACAGACUGGAAAUGCCUGCAGUGAAAAGCCCAAUUUUAACUUCAGCCAGCCAUAUCCUGAGGAGGAGGUAGAUGAGGGCUUUGAAGCCGAUGAUGAUGCAUUUAAGGAUUCGCCCAACCCGAGUGAGCAUGGCCAUUCUGAUCAAAGGACCAGUGGCAUCAGAACAAGCGAUGAUUCCUCAGAAGAGGAUCCUUACAUGAAUGAUACCGUGGUGCCAACAAUUCCUGCUGCCAGCGACGCCAUGGUCAUACCUCCUGCCCACGACACAGUGAGUCUCCACAACUCUUCCAGCGGCGAAUCCACGUACUGCAUGCCAGAAAACGUAUCCUGCAGACCCCCUAAUUCUGUGGAACUUAUUUCUCCCGACGGAGACUAUGAUUAUGACCAGGACGAUUACGAAGAUGGUGCUAUCACUUCUGGCAGCAGUGUGACCUUCUCUAACUCGCACAGUAGCCAAUGGUCACCCGACUACCGGUGUUCCGUGGGGACGUACAACAGCUCUGGAGCAUACCGGUUCAGCUCUGAGGGAGCUCAGUCUUCGUUUGAAGACAGUGAAGAAGAUUUUGACUCCAGGUUUGAUACAGAUGAUGAACUUUCCUACCGGAGGGAUUCAGUCUAUAGCUGUGUCAGCCUGCCCUACUUUCACAGUUUUCUGUACAUGAAAGGUGGCUUAAUCAACACAUGGAAGCGACGCUGGUGUGUCCUGAAAGAUGAGACCUUCCUGUGGUUUCGUUCUAAGCAGGAAGCACUUAAGCAGGGUUGGCUUCACAAAAAGGGGGGUGGAUCAUCUACGCUUUCCAGAAGGAAUUGGAAGAAAAGAUGGUUUGUUCUCAGACAGUCCAGGUUGAUGUACUUUGAAAAUGACAGUGAAGAAAAGCUAAAGGGUGCCGUGGAUGUCCGAACUGCCAAAGAGAUUGUUGAUAAUACAGGCAAAGAAAAUGGUAUUGAUCUAAUAAUGAGUGAUAGGACCUACCACUUAAUUGCUGAAUCCCCUGAGGAUGCAAGCCAGUGGUUCAGUGUACUGAGUCAAGUCCAUGCGUCCACAGAGCAGGAGAUCCGGGAGAUGCAUGAUGAGCAGGCAAAUCCACAGAAUGCUGUGGGUACACUCGACGUAGGACUAAUUGAUUCUGUCUGUGCUGCUGACAAUCCAGAUAGACCCAAUUCAUUUGUGAUCAUCACUGCUAAUCGUGUUCUUCACUGUAAUGCUGACACUCCUGAAGAGAUGCAUCACUGGAUAACCCUGCUCCAGAGGUCAAAGGGGGACACUAGAGUGGAAGGACAAGAAUUCAUUGUGAGGGGGUGGCUACACAAGGAAGUAAAGAACAACCCAAAGAUGUCCUCGUUAAAACUAAAGAAGCGUUGGUUUGUUUUGACGCACAAUUCUUUGGACUACUACAAGAGUUCAGAGAAAAAUGCCUUGAAAUUGGGUACACUGGUCCUGAACAGCCUCUGCUCAGUGGUCCCACCUGAUGAAAAAAUCUUCAAAGAGACAGGUUACUGGAAUGUGACCGUGUACGGACGCAAACACUGCUACCGUCUCCAUACGAAAUUGCUUAAUGAGGCAACCCGCUGGUCAAGUGCCAUCCAGAACGUGAUUGACACAAAGGCACCCAUUGAUACUCCAACUCAGCAGCUUAUUCAGGAUAUUAAGGAAAACUGCCUGAAUGCUGAUGUGGUUGAACAGAUUUAUAAGAGGAAUCCCAUUCUCCGUUACACUCAUCAUCCAUUGCACUCACCAUUACUGCCACUGCCAUAUGGGGACAUCAAUCUAAACUUGCUGAAAGACAAAGGCUACACAACUCUGCAGGAUGAAGCCAUCAAGAUAUUUAAUUCUUUACAGCAGCUGGAGUCUAUGUCUGAUCCCAUCCCUAUAAUCCAAGGUAUCCUGCAAACAGGACAUGAUUUACGACCUCUCCGAGAUGAGCUCUACUGUCAGCUCAUCAAGCAAACCAAUAAAGUGCCUAACCCUGGGAGCGUGGGGAACCUCUAUAGUUGGCAAAUACUCACCUGCAUGAGUUGCACAUUUCUGCCCAGUCGCAGCAUCCUCAAAUAUCUCAAGUUUCAUCUCAAAAGGGUUCGUGACCAGUUUCCAGGAACCGAAAUGGAGAAAUACGCACUUUUCACUUACGAAUCUCUGAAGAAAACCAAAUGCAGAGAGUUCGUGCCAUCGCGAGAUGAAAUAGAAGCACUGAUUGGCAGGCAGGAGAUGACAUCCACAGUUUAUUGCCAUGGUGGGGGCUCCUGUAAGAUUACAAUCAACUCACACACUACAGCUGGAGAGGUGGUUGAAAAGUUAAUUCGUGGCUUGGCCAUGGAGGAUAGCAGAAAUAUGUUUGCUUUGUUUGAAUACAACGGAACUACUGAUAAAGCAAUUGAAAGCAGAACCAUUGUAGCUGAUGUCUUGGCAAAGUUUGAAAAGCUUGCUGCCACUGCUGAAGCUGGGGAGAUGCACUGGAAGUUCUACUUCAAGCUCUACUGCUUCCUGGACACAGAAAAUGUCCCAAAAGAUAGCGUGGAAUUUGCCUUUAUGUUUGAGCAGGCUCAUGAAGCAGUGAUUAAAGGACAUUAUCCUGCUCCUGAGGAAACCCUCCAGGUCCUUGCAGCUUUGCGUCUUCAGUACCUUCAGGGAGAUUACACUGUGCACACCACUGUACCAGAACUGGAGGAAGUCUAUCCCUUGCAAAAGCUGAAGUCCAGGAUUACACAGUCGACCAAAACAUUUACUGCAUCAGAGAAGGCCGAGAAGAAACGAGCCAGCUUUCUUGAAGGAACACUGCGGAGGAGUUUCCGAAGUGGCUCUGUCAGCAAACAGAAGGUUGAGGAGGAUCAGAUGUUAGACAUGUGGGUCAAAGAGGAAAUCUCAGCUUCCAGGACUAGUAUUAUUGACAAAUGGAAAAAACUCCAGAGGAUGAAUCAGGAGCAGGCCAUGGCAAAGUACAUGGCUUUGAUUAAGGAAUGGCCUGGCUAUGGUUCAACACUCUUUGACGUAGAGUGUAAAGAAGGGGGAUUCCCACAGGAGUUGUGGCUUGGAGUCAGCGCUGAUGCAGUUUCUGUCUACAAGCGUGGGGAAGGAAGGCCUCUGGAGGUGUUCCAGUAUGAACAUAUCUUGUCAUUUGGUGCUCCGCUUGCCAACACCUACAAGAUCGUGGUGGAUGAAAGAGAACUGCUUUUUGAAACUAGCGAGGUGGUUGACAUUGCAAAGCUGAUGAAAGCUUACAUCAGUAUGAUCGUGAAAAAACGCUACAGCACCUCUCGAUCCGUGAGUAGUCAUGGAAGUCAGGGCAGCUCCAGGUGAAAACAAAACCAGUUCUACUGCCCCCUAAAUAGAAUACAUCACUCCUUGGCCUCAGAACGAUCUGGGGACAUCAAUCACCUUCGUUGACAAGCUAACCAAGAAUCGGAGUUUCAACGGAAAAUACCUUCAAACAAUGUUUUAGAAAGACCACAGGGAGGCAGGGGAAAAUCACCUGGAAUAGUCACAUACCUAGAACUGCUGGCUCAUUCAAAACUUUCCAAAGCAUUAUUACCUUCCGUUGAUGUAACAAAUGCCUUAAGACUCGAUCCACUGCAAUACAAAGCAGUAAUAAGUGCCUUACCAUAUAAGCCUAACUUGUAUUGAUCUAAAAUUGCUGAUAAAAGUCAAGAGGAUUUCCUUUGUCCUUUCAGAACACUGAAAACAGAGUUAUAUUCAUCCAUUCUGCACUAAUCUACUGGCCUGCAUACAGGUGGGAAGGGGGAGGGAAGAAGAGCAAGGUAUAUUUUUUUGGAGCGCUGCUGGCAGCUUUCCUGAUGGACACCAACACUUUGUUUGCCCUUGCUUCCAUGGAUGUGCACAUCGUGCAUGUGUGCUUGAGCUGUCAGUAAAAUUUGACAAAUUUUAUUCUGUAUUUCACAAGUCUUUUGAAGCAAAGGGAAUAAGUAUGUGCAAUGGUGUAAACAGUCUUUCUGUACAUUUUAAUAGUUCAGAGUUAUAGUUGUUACAAUUGUAUGGUUACUUUAUAAGCAGUUUUAUUAACAAGUAAAUUCCAAAAUUUUCAUACACUGAUUUUACUUUUUCAAAUAUGUAUUACCAUAUAAGUAGCAGAAGUCUGCAUUCUGUAUCUGCUGUAUGAUAAAGAGAGAUGUAGCUGAGAAUAUUUAUAGACUACCCUAAUAUGGAAAUACAGUUAUCAGUUCAAUUCUCCAUAAUGUCAGCUUAAGUUUUUAAUAUUAAUUUUUUCUUUGAAAGACAUCAUGUUUUAUACUUCUGGCUGGACUCCUCAACCCAGAUUGACUGCCAAAGGCCAGAGCCCUUCAGAGUUGACUAGAGAAGGCAACGUUAUACAAUGCAACUGCUUUAAUAUUUUACCUGGUUGCCUGAUGAAGGUUUUUGAGAGUAUCCUGUAAAUAAAUUGGGGAAUAUCAGCUAAUAAUAAUUUGAUUUUGGACCUUUAUUUUUGUACAGAAAUACUGUAAUAUAAGGCAAAACUUUGUUCAAAGGUAUCUUUUUGUCCACAGAUUAAAAAAAAAAAAAAGAAAAAAAGAGACCUGAAAAACCUUACUGUUGUUAAAAACCUCAGCCAUUAAGGAAUCAUGCCUACUUACUGGGAAAAAAAAAGUCCAGCAA